AUGGGCAGUAGCAGCUCCUCCUGGGUUAACCCUCUGACCCUGUCCUCAAGGCCCCCUUUCUCUGACUUCCCAGGAGCCUGCUGGGCACUGGGAGUGGGGAAGGCACAACAGUGGAUGGGCAGACCCAUGACUUCCCUGGGCUCCCAGCUCCUCAGAGCAGCAUUACUGGCAGCCAUCCUACUUCUGCUGUGGGUGAAGGGGGUGAAGCCUCAGGGAGGGAGCCCAGGCCCCAAUGAGAGGAGUCAGAAAGAACAAAUGCCCUCUAAAGACCAAAAUCAAGAGCAGUUUGAAGAGUACUUUGUGGCCUCCUCAGUGGGUGAGAUGUGGCAGGAGGUGAACAUGGCCCAACAAGAGGAUGACAAGACAUCGGAGAUGGAGAACACAGCUGUUCGUGACCACCUAUUUGACCUAGCCUUGUGCUUUAAUGUGGCCAGUGUUUUGGUUUUUUUAUAAGAGACAUUGAAGAUGAGGUGGCAGCCUUUUUCCUGGAUGAGGACCUGGAUAUCUACCUUGGCUUCAUGAUAGCUUA